AUGUACAAGCAAUUUGGAUUGAUGCUCCUGGCGUCGGCCGCGUUGGCGUGCACCGAUUCGAGCACUGCUCAAGGUCCCUGGGAACAAUGUGGUGGCAUCAAUUGGACAGGCGGUACAACUUGCCAGUCAGGCUGGACCUGUUUGGAGCAGAACCCAUACUACUCCCAGUGUCUACAAAGCAGCAGUCUCUCAUCCAGUGUGAGCAGUUCAGUACCUGUUGCACCAACUUCAGAGCCGGCACCAGCCUCAAGCGCAACACCACAGACGAACAGCGCAAGCAGCAGCACGAGCAGCGCAACGCCUAGCUCUAGCACCAGCCCUGCGACAGGUGGUGGCCUCACAUACAAGGCUUCCAUGACACACUACGGUGCCGGCGAUACUUUCGGAUCUCCCAACUGCAACACCAACACCGCCGCCUGCGCCUUUUACACAUACCCUGGCUUUAGCGCCGCCGUCAGCCAGAACGUUUUUGGAGUUGGCCCCGGUGCUGGAGCUGGUCCGGCCUGUGGUACCUGCUGGAAGCUCGUCGGUGAGACCGAUUCGUCCGGGAACAAGCUCAGCAACGCCGGCACCAGCAUUGUGGUCAUGGUCAACAACCUCUGCCCGGCUGACGGCAACCCUCUUUGCGCACAGAAUGGUCUGUCCGACACCAAUCAGUACGGUGCCAAUGUCAACUUUGACCUCUGCAGCGACAGUGGCGCUCAAGAGGCAUUCUUCGGUGACAGCGGAGUUGGUCUUGCCAUCGGUUCUGCCACGCAAGUUGACUGCUCGGAGUGGUCUGGCACUGUUGUGCAUUAA